GGCGUCCUUGUUGCAUAGAAACGAAAAUCGUCCGGGACGUCGCACGUUAACCCAACAAUUUUCCUUAAGAAACUGAAUCAGAAUCUCUGCUGCUGUAAAGAGCACCCAGGCGCAGUCAUUGUUAAUUUUCUGGACUGUGAUUAACGGAGUUUUUAAAGGUUUAGUUGGGAUUGAACAGUGAAACGUAAUGACCGAAAACUCACUAGUACUACGAACCUUAGCAUGAAACCGGUAACGGUCGCAUAUACUGGUUUAAAUUUUGUUCUAAUAUGGUAAAAUAAACACUAUUAAAGCAGUUUCGUAAACGGCUAAAGAAGCUAGCUGACACAAUGUUAACGGCUGCUAACCGAUGGCAGGCUUACUAGCGGUUCUAUUUCAACUCUGACCGAGGAGCUUCACCUGGUUGAUCUCAAGUCCUCUUCAGUACGAGCAAAUUACAAGGGAAGCGGUGGGAAAUGGCUGACGACGUCGACAGCAUCCCUGAACUGGACCAAAAGAAAUACGAUGCAGACGAACAAGUGAAGAUCAUCUGCCUGGGAGACAGCGCUGUUGGAAAAUCAAAGCUGAUGGAGCGGUUUCUUAUGGAUGAGUUUCGCCCACAGCAGUUGUCCACAUAUGCUUUGACUCUGUACAAACACACAACGACCAUAGGAAACAAGUCUGUUGCAGUUGAUUUCUGGGACACUGCAGGUCAGGAGAGGUUUCAGAGCCUGCACCCUUCAUACUACCAUAAAGCACAUGCUUGUAUCAUGGUUUUUGAUAUUCAAAGGAAGAUCACGUAUAAGAAUUUAGCCAACUGGUAUAAAGAGCUAAGAGAGUACAGACCCGAGAUUCCCUGUUGUGUGGUAGCUAACAAAAUUGAUGCUGACUUGAAGGUCACACAGAGAAGUUUUAGCUUUGCGAAGAAACAGCAGCUUCCGUUUUACUUUGUUUCAGCAGCUGAUGGGUCCAAUGUAGUUAAGAUGUUCAGAGAGAUGAUCAAGAGAGCAGUGGACUACAAGCAAAACCCCAGUGACUUCAUGGAUGAAGUGAUGGAAGAAUUGGAGAACUUUGACCUGGAGAAGAAAGAGGCUGAUGAGGACGGGUUGAAAGCAGAGAGUCCAGAGGUGGCUUGAAAAGGAAUCUUGACACUAUUAACUGGCACAUUAUUUAUUCCUGUGUAAUUUUUGAACUUUUAACUUACUGGAUUGAAGGUCUCCUGCUGGAAACUGUCAUGUGAUCAAUUUCAAUCACUGCCCUCCAUCUCUCCUGGAGGAAGAGCAGGAAAAUGAACCAAAUGAAGUAAUUUGGUUCUGUCUAGCUUUUCAGCUUCUGUGUUUUGGCCUCCAUGUUCACACUUUGAAAUUAUUUUGAUUAUUAGCUUAAUAGAAUGUUUUCUCAAGUGUGGCAGCAACUGUAUUUUAUGUAAUAACAAUGUGAAGCAUGAAAAAGUGACACAGCAAAGAUGAUGUGCAAUUAUAAAGUGUAUUUCCUGCUGUUCUCGGUGUUUGUGUGUAGUGUUGUGUGGAGAGCCAGCAGGCCGCUGCAUCUGUUGGCUGCUUUACUUUCAUUUAUUUUAUGAUGUCAAUUUUUUUUUUCUAGCGCCUUGUAAAUGAAAGUUUAAUGUACCCUAAAACCAACUGUGAUCAUGACCCUUUGCAUCUUGCUGUGAUGCAGCAAAAUCAGCCGAACAUCAGCGUUUUAUAAGAAACCGCUGUUAGUCACACAAAUGUCUGUAACUGUGAAGCUAAGCAACUUUAAUAGGCAUAAAGUUUUGAGAUACCACUUUU